AUGGUACAACUGGGUGAUCAUGAAUUCUCACGCAAAGUCUUUGCUCCGUUCCAUCGCCGUGCCAUCAUUCCUCUGAUCACGGCCAAUGAGGUCGUGCCGACAGACACGAGUGGGAAUCUUCCAAAUCUCCAUAAUGUCCAAGGCGACAUCUUCCAAUUUCCGAAGAAAGUUGAAGCCUUCAUCUUCUUUCGUAUCAACGAUGUUUCCAAUUUCAAGAAAGCUCUAUCUUCAUUUGUGCCCACGACAGCUGCCGGGGUUGUCGAACAUCUAAAAGCUAUCUGUAAAGAAAAACUCGGAAACAAUCAGAAAUUACCGAUCAUUUUUCAGCAGAUCGCCUUUACCCGGGCUGGUCUUAAUUUGCUUGGCUUAACAGGGAAGACUGGCGACGGACGGUUCGACGUAUUCUGCAUGAGGGAUAACAAAACCAUGCUCGGUGACAGAAUGCAAUGGGACAAGGUAUUCGACAAACCGGGCUUUGAUCCCAUCCAUGGUACCGCCAACGUUGACCGAGGUGCCCUACAUGGUGUAGUUGUCAUUGCUGCGUGUGACCCUGAGAAGGUUCAGGAAGGUGUAAAGGCAGCUUCCGAGUUAUUUUCUGAAACGAUCGACGUUCGAGAAGUAAUUGAAGGUAAAACAAGGCCUGGCGAGAUGGAUGGACAUGAACAUUUCGGUUACAUGGACGGAAUUUCUCAGCCUGCUAUGCGCGGUCUUAUCUGUCCGUGUCCUGGCCAAACCGAAGUUGAUGUAGGCGUCCUGAUCACAGGAUAUGAAGGUGAUCCGGUUCGUGAAAACCGCCCGACUUGGGGCAAAGACGGAACCUUUAUGGUGUUCAAAAAACUUGAACAAGAUGUACCCGGGUUUAAUGAGUAUAAGCUGAAGAACGGCCCACGCUGGAGAGAGUUUGUGCCACCAGUGCUCGCGGAACCAAGCCAAAACCUUACGGAUAAGGAGGGUGCUGAGCUCUUUGGUGCAAGACUAUUUGGGAGAUUCCAAUCGGGAGCUCCACUGCCGCUAUGCCCGGUCUUUGAUGACCCCGAGUUAGCUAAGGAUAAGAACAGGAAUAAUAACUUCGACUAUUCGAUUAUAGGCAUCCCUGAGCCGACGGAUAAAUUCUGUCCCUUCACUGCUCAUAUGCGCAAAGUUAAUCCCCGCAACCUGGGCCCGUACCUGGACAAGAAGUUCAUAGAAUCCUCGUCCAUUCUCCGAACAGGUAUUCCAUAUGGCGACGAGCUCCCGGCACAGACACCACGGGGUCUCCUAUUUGUCUGUUACCAAUCUAAUCUGGACUCGGGAUUCGUUCGCCAAACCGUCGGGUUUGCUAACAACGUAUAUUUUCCUCCCACAUCACUCGUUCCUCAACGGCACAGACAAGACUCUAUCAUAAGCGGUCCGGAUGAACCGUAUAGUGUAUUCCUCAGGCUCAGUAAUGGAGAGGGUCCGACUAUUGCUAUAGAAGGACAGGCCACUACGCAGCCUAGUACUACUAACCCCCCAGGCGUUCCCCCGCAGUUCUACAUCACGUCCAGAGGGGGAGAGUACUUUUUUGUACCUUCUGUCUCGACUCUCAACGUGAUUUCUGGAAAUACGUGA